GAUGGAUUCAGUAAUGGGAACCCACCAGAGAGAUGUCCCCGUCCUCUGUAUUCCCGGGACUCCACACAGGAACAUCAAGAGAUCCCUCAGGAGGAUCAGGAAGAAAAUCUGAUUAAUAUUAAAAUUGACGUAAAAGAUGAAGAAGAUCCAUAUGAGAGUGGUGAUGAGUUGAGUAUAGAGGUGGAAACCCCUCCAGAGAUCAGCAGAGACCCCAGAGACACCAGAACCACUCAGAGAGAAGUCAAAACUGAGGAGGAGGAAGAAGGACGUGUGAGGAUUAAAGAGGAGGAAGAUCUUAUGGAGAUCAGCACAGGUGCAGCAAAUAACCAAAACCCUCCACAGAGAUGUCCUAGUCUUCAUGACUCCUGGAAUUCCAAGGAGGAACAUGACGAGAUCCUUCAGGAUGAUCAGGAUGAAAGUUUCAUCAAAGUCGAAGUGAAGGAGGAAGCAGAAGAGAUGGUCGAUGAGCUGUUUAAGGAGGAGGAGGACGAAUUCCCUCCAGAGAUCCGCACAGACGGACGAUAUAGAAGGUACCGUAUGGAGAAAAGUUCUGGUAUGUCUUUAGAUGGUGACAUAGAAGGCGGUGACAUCAUAGCAGAAUCUUCGGCCCUGAACGCCAUGACCCUAAAUCUCCAUCCAGAUCCGACAUCUGCUCCCUCUACACAUGGCGUCCGUUGUCCACCUCCAAUCGCCCAUCUUACCAAUGGUACAAGGAGCGAAGAUUUUUCUCGAGAAGCAGACCUCACCUUGCACCAAAGAGGUCCUCAAAAGCAGAAGCCAUUUUCCUGUUCAGAGUGCGGGAAAUGUUUUACCCUGAAACAACAGCUGGUCAGACACCCAGAGAACUCACUCGGCCGAGAGGCCUUUUUCCUGUUCGGAGUGCGAAAAAUGUUUCCCCGAAAAAUGGAUGCUGGCUAAACAUCGGACAAACCACUCUGGGGAGAAGCCGUUUUCAUGUUCGGAAUGCGGGAGAUACUUUUCUACGAGAAGGAAUCUCGUCUCGCAUCAGACGACUCACACGGGAGAGAGGCCGUUUUCAUGUUCCGAAUGCGGAAAAUGUUUUUCCCAAAAGUCCACUCUGACCACCCACGAGAAAAUCCACACGGGGGUGAAGCCGUAUUCCUGCUCCGAGUGCGGGAAAUGUUUCUCCCACAAAUCGUCUCUGCUCGGACAUGAAAAAGUCCACACGGGAGAGAGGCCGUUUUCAUGUGCGGAGUGCGGGAGGUGUUUUUCCCUGAAAUCAAACCUCAUCACACACGAAAAAGUUCACACGGGGGUGAAGCCCUAUUCGUGCUUGGAGUGCGGGAAAUGUUUUACCCACAAAUCGUCGCUCGUAAAACAUGAAAAGGUUCACACGGGAGAGAAGCCGUUCUCCUGCUUGGAUUGCGGGAAAGGGUUCAGUGACAGAACUCACCUUGUUUUUCAUCAGAGGGGUCACACGGGGGAGAAGCCUUUUCUCAUGUACUGAGUGUGGGAAACGCUUUGCCCGGAAAUCGGUACUUAUGGAACACGAAAGAGUUCACAGGGGGGAGAGAAGUCAUCGUCUUAA